CAAUCCAUAAAGGCUUUUUUUCAAUAGGCAAACUAAAUUUUCCUUGCCCUUCUUCACAUAGCCUUCCGGUUGUUCUAUGUAAAUCUCUUCCUCCACAUCACCAUGAAGGAAAACAGUCUUCACAUCCAUUUGCUCAACCUCUAAAUCAAAGCUUGCUGCCAAUCCAAGCACAAUCCGAAUGGAUGACAUUUUCACAACACGAGAAUUAAUUUUUAAAAAAGUUUAUAAGAUUUUUUUACAAAAGCUGUCAUAUCAUCGUUGACACAUAUGGUUGUCAAAAACAUCAUUGUCGACAUAUAUGCCGUCAUUUUCAACCAUGAUGUUGGAAACUAUCAUUAGAGAUUUGUCAAAAUGCAGUCAUUGUUAACGGUUAUGUGAAUGGGUGGGCGUUUAAGUAUCUGUUCGGAUUCGCUUCGAAUCUACUGAGGUUUUGGGUUUUUGGGGUUAGAGAUUAAGACCUAUUUGGAUAUUUUAAAAUUUUGGUACGGGUUCGGUUUUGAUCUUUCCAGGUUUGUUUCGGGUUCGGAUACCCCAUUUAAACUAUUUAUUUUUCUAAAUCCAAAUAUAUUUUUAAAUAAAUAAAAUAAUAUAUAAAUUUGAAUAAUGUAUGUCAAACUACCUAAAAUUAACAUAAAUUUGGUUUGUUUGGAUAUUUUGAUGAAGAAUGAUUAGGUAAUUCAAGUUUUUGGUGUUUUCAGUUAUAUUAGCUGUCCACAUAUUAAACUAAUUUCGGUUUGGGUUUGAUACUAUUUUUUGGUUUGGAUUCGGUUUUCUUCUUCGGAUUCAGGUAUUUUAUUUAUCCCUACUUAUGUGAGAAACCAUCAUCAUCGGUUUGAAACCAUAAUUUUCAAUGCUAGUAUGUUUAAAAUUUUGGAUGCAACUUUUGUUAAUGUAAGAAACAAGACCUUAAUCUGUAUUUUAAGUGAGUAAUAAAUGAUUUUGUCCACAAUUAUAUGUAUAUUAUUUGAUUUUGAGCCAUGUGCUGAACAAGUAUAAAUAUUUUUGAAUAAAAUAAGAGAAGUAAACUAAAAAUAUAGGGUCAAGUAUUCAUAUGUUCGGUUAUUUUAGAAUAUUCAUUCAGGUUUGGUUAUUUUAGAAUAUGUUCGAGUUCGGAUAUCCAAUCUUGCUAAUUCAAUACCCGUUCAGGUAUUUUACUACUUCGGUUCGGAUUUUGGUUCGGGUUUUUCAGGUCGGGUUCGGAUACGAUAUCAUGAAAAGAAACCUAGUUAAAUCCUCUUGUGUUACCAACGGUUCAUUCAGUCCCAUUCCCGCCUCCAUCCAAAAUAUCAACCAUUAAACUUAUCUCGCCUCCCAUUCUCAUCUCUUUGUUGAAUGAAAAGAAAAUCAUUUUAAAAGAAACAAAUAAUUUUUAAAAAAUAUUCUUUUAUCAACAAACCAUUUGUAAAAAAAAUAUUUCUUUCCUUUUCUAAAUAUGCCUAAAUAUUGGUGAGAAGAAUUCACUGUUUCACAAAUAAUCAUUCCUUACUUUAUUCAGCAUAUUUAUUUUGAAAUUAGUCUCCCAUAAAUCUAUAUUUUAAGAUAGAUAUCUUUUCUCCAAAAGAAAGAUAUAAUUUAGAUUUGAAAUUUCCACAAAAUAUGCAUUUCCCUAAAAUACCUUUAACAAUUAUCAUACGACUAAGAUACAAUAGAAGCCCAAUGAAAAACAGUUUUUAGUUACCCUUGUUUUGAUGUUCAAACAAAAAAAAAACAAAAGUUCACCUAGUUUAUAUCCUUUCUCCUAUAUACUUUCUGCCUGGCGAGAUAUUAGGUCAGAAAUCACUACUAGAAGAAGAUGGUGAUGAUAACCGACCUUCCAUUUGAUCUGGAAAAGAAGAUACUCGCCCUUGUUCCGAAAGAGUCUCGACCACAAUGGCAAACUACCUGCAAGAGAUGGUACGCUGUACGCCAAGAUCUACUCUCCAAGAAACACUUGGCUCGAACAGGAAGAGAGUUAAUCUUAUUGUUGAAUACUAAUGUUUUUUCAACAACCAUCAACCUCCAGGGAGUCCAUAACAGCGUUGAUCCGGUGAUGGAGUUCGGAAGCAAACUUGGAUCUUUACAAGAUUCAAAUGAUUUACAAAUCCAUGAUAUUUUCUACUGCAAGGGGUUGGUGCUAUGCACUAUGGUGGGAAAACAAAUGCUCGUGGUUUGCAACCCUAGUAACCGUGAAACUAGGUAUGUCGAACCUAGAACAAGUCAUGGCUGUUCCGAAUAUGCUCUUGGAUACAAAGGCAGCAAGUCUUCAUGUGUUAGUAGCUACAAGAUCUUGAGGUAUUGUCGUUAUUCCGACAAGCAACUGAAGCGUACGGUUUCCGAGUUUGAACUGUAUGACUUUAUGUCUGACUCAUGGAGGGUUUUAGAUAUUGAUGAGCACGAUUGGGAAAUAACGGCUCGUGGCGUCUCUGUGAAAGGAAACACUUACUGGGUUGCUAAAAAGAAGAAGGACCAGUUCAUACUCAGUUUUGAUUUCAGUAGAGAGAGAUUUGGGCUUCUCCCUCUUCCGUAUGAGAGUGUUGGCCCUGAAGAUUUCAUUAAUAAUAAGUAUGACGAUACAGCUGUUCUGUCAGUUGUUAGAGACGAACAACUCUCGGUGUUACAUCAAUAUCUUCAUGUGUAUUCAUCAGAGAUGAAGAUAUGGGUAAGCAAUACAAUUGACACCAAAAAGGUGUCGUGGAGUGAGUUCUUGGUAGUGGACGUAGUGCUGUUAAAUAUUGUUAGUUUCGUCUUGGAAGAGGAGCAUAAAGUGGCAGUGUGUUGUAGUAAAGGCAAGGAUGAUCCUGAUGAUGAGGAUGAUCCUAACGAUGAGGAUGAUCCUGAUGAUGAGGAUGAUCCUGAUAAUGAGGAUGAUCCUGAUGAUGAGGAUGAUCCUGAUGAUGAGGAUAAUCCUGAUGAUCCUGAUAAUGAGGAUGAUCCUGAUGAUGAGGAUGAUCCUGAUGAUGAUGGUAAAGAAGAGCGCACCAGCAUUUCAAUUAUUGGAAAGAAUAUACAAAGUCUUGUUUAUGAUGAAGGGGCUAUAGAUGGAUCAUGGCCUCAUCUCAUGAAUUACGUUCCAAACCCGGUUCAAAUUUUAAGGAAGGGUACGCGCAAAAGCAAAAGGAAACGAACUACAAGGAGUUAUGAACCGGAGGGCAGUUCGGCAAGAAGCGUUGAGGAAACGAAAGUGACACCAAUAGACAAAGCUAAACGAGUUUUUAGGGUUGCUUUGAAUGUCCCAAAAGAGUUUAGGAAACGAGAGUGAAACCAUGCCUAAAGCAUAUCGAAGUACUCCUGCUGUUGCUUUGAAUGUCCCAAAUAUUUCUAUCUUUUCUUCUCUUUUUUUUGGACAAUCCUAAAGGUUGUAAUAAAUUGAACGCAUAUUGAAGUUUAUUAUCUUAUUUUGACUCUUAAAAUCAGAGUGAAUGCAAUGGCUUUGUAUUUCAUUGAGGAUCUAUAUUGAUUUUAUUUAUCGGUGAUUACUAUCAGUAUCGAAUAUACAUCAGAUAAAUGCGAAUGAAACACACACUAACUGUAGUUGAACCUUCUUCAAGGACCAAGGGAAGAUUUUUUUCUAGUUGAGACAAUAGAAAUAUUGCUUAGUAAAACGCUCCAUCAACACCACAACUUUGUGGCUUAACUGUAAAGCUUCGACAAGUAAUGGUUUUUGCGGUUGUUUACGGUAUUAACACGAACUCAAAACCUCAUUCUAGUCUCGUAUAUGCGUAAUUUAAGGGACUACUCUAGAAAUAUUCUUGACAAUUAACCAUUAUGCACUCAACACUUAUUUGUUUGUCCAUACGUAUGGCUUUUAUAUCCAAGAAAAUGGCCUUUUCUUGCGUUACAAGAAACAUGUUUUCGAUUUUAUCUCUUCUCGUUUUGAUUCUAUAUAUUUAAUGGAAUAAACUAUUAAAUGUCAUUGACUCUGG